UAAUUCUGUCUUUCUCUCAUAAAACAUAUAAUUGAUGUGACAGCAGAUGCACAAGGCAAAGGAGCUUCAGUGAUUUCAAUUCAAAUGAGAGCAAUAGUCAAAUCUGCUGCAGAGGAUUGUCGGAGCAGGUACUGUCUGUCUGCUAGCCUGGACCGGCCCACUAUAUAGGAAUCUGGUUCAUAUGAGAUGAUAGGAUGGUUGCUGGGUGUGUAGUGCAUCUGAUUGUCAUGCUGCAAUUAGCGUUUUAUAACUUUUACCCUGAUUUCUCCUGAUGGGUGAAUGAUGACAUAUAGUGUUAAAGCGCUUUGAGUGGUCGUAAGACUAGAAAGGUGCUAUACAAGUCAAUUUACCAUCGAGUCAAACUGUGUAACUGUUCUUUGCAUUUCUGGGAACCAAAAUCCCAUGAAAGAAUAUCUGCACACAGAGCCAUCAUUGAUUUCCCUUUGCACAAGGCCACGAUUCUCUGCUAUAAAGGACAGUAAUUAUUGGUUUUGUGGCCUUAAAAUGAUAGCAAGUAUUUGCUGUGUGGGGUGAUGUGGUCUGCUGUAUGUAACACCUUUACAACCUUACCCUCCUCUUGUGAUGCAGGUGCUGAAGGGAUGCAAGAUGCUGGCCAUUUCAGUGUGUUCCAUGGGUCGGAUCCCUGGAGGCUACAUCACCAACCAUGUGUACAGUUGGGUGGACCCUGAGGGCCGGAGCAUUUCCCCGCCACCUGACGACUGUCAGGAGCCCAACCAGAGGCAAGCACAUGGCAUGGAGGAAAGGACGGCAGAUCUAAAUAUGGACGGUGGUCGCUCUCUGGGCCUAAUGAUCAGAGGCGGUGCUGAGUAUGGACUGGGGAUCUACAUCACAGGAGUGGACCCUGGAUCUGCUGCAGAUGCUGGUGCACUAAAGGUACCUCAAAUCAACCUUCUAAUAGCAUUGCUACAUUACACCACAAAACCUUUCCCCCCAUGUCCAAUCUAAUGACAAUUCUUCAUCUGUGAGAUGGUGGCAAAGCAUCAUGACCUGAGGUUAUCUAUAAGAAUAAAUGAUUCUAGGUUUCACUCAAGCCGUUCUCCCCCAGCAUGUUUGGUCAGAACAUUCCUACAUCAACUCAAAUGUUCCCACAGCCGAACCAAUCAGUGCUUCCAUCACUGUACAAUGCUCCCUGAUAUUUAAUUAAGUUACAUUUAGCCAAAGUACAGUGUUGUGAUUCCUUGGGAAGCGGAAUUUACUUUAAAGUUUUUGAUUCACGACAAUACAUGUGAGAAACUAAUGCUGACUUGAACCCAAAUCAUAGUCCUGUUGAGAAUCAUAGGCCAGGUUUGUGUAAACAUACAAGGAAUCAGACGCCAGCUCUGAGGUUGCUCUUGUGUCCCGUUCCAAGAAGAUAUAAAUAAACAUACAGCUGAACACAAGGACAACACAGCUGAACAAGGAGAGGUACAAAUAAACCUACAACUACUUUGUAGAUACAAGUCGGUGAAAUAAAUUCUUAAUAUA